UCGCGUACAGUCUGUUUCUGUUGGACGCCAUUGUUCGAGAUGCCAGGAACAUCUUAGCGGUUUAUACUGCCUUUAAUCGAUGCGUAGCAGAGUCCCCGUUGUUCCCGUCUUGUGCAUCGCCUGCGAUAAUGAUUUCUGAUUAAGCUCAGUGACGGAGAAUGCUUUGGCCUGCGUAGAAGACAGGAGGCGGCGGUGUACGGCUUGCAAACGAGGAGUAAUUUGUGAAAAAAAAACUUUUAUAUACAUGUUCUUAGCGAACUAAAAGCAAAUGCUGAAAAAUAAAGUUCGAUAAAAAUACACCAAAAUCAGCUUCAAAUUUAAAGUUGAAAAUUUAAAUUUUGGCUGAUAAAUAUAAGCAUAAGCGAAAAGAUGAAACAAAUAGUUUACGCAAGUACCUCCUACAAGUACACUGCAGUUUAUGUGUCACUCGAAUGGUUAUAAAAAAAUAAAAAAAUAUUAAGAAUAUAUAAAUAAUAUGUGAUAUAUUAUUUCACAAAUAUAUAUGUUUAAAUUUAAAUUCAAAAUUAAAUGGACGGGAAGUGUCCAUCCAUUUUUUUGCAAAACACUGCCUGCUGUUAGGAUUGGUGAGUGGCGAUUGGGAGUUUUGCGCGAAAAAAAAAAACUCCUAUGAUGACCGUUUUAUUGAUAGCGGUCUUUUUGUGUAGUCCGCUUCCCCUUCUGUCUUCGCUAGUACGGUAGGAGUAGGACCCUGUCAAAACCACGCCGCCGGCGGCGGCGGCGGCGGCCGGAGAGCAACAUGGCCGCGUGUUCGCUGCAGAGCAUCCCGCCCGGAUGGCGUUCCGGGGACCGGGGAUAUCAUUACGCUCCUCAGCCUCCGGUCUCCUCUGCGCCGUGCUCCUCAGCCGCCGGUGGCGCCGACUGGUCGCCUUCGCCCCAGCCCUCGGUCCUCGUUCCACCGGAGAUCUCCCCGCCUCGCGCUCGCCUACCUCGGUUCUAUCGAUCACCCUCUUGAACCUACCUCGCUCGCCUACUUUGCGCUUAAAAUUCCGCGCACAUAUCUGGUCUGUUUGCUCUUUGCAGAGAUCUUGCAUCUAGCACUCUGUCCGCAUACAUUGGACUGCGGCAAUACGAGCUUAGAGCAACGCAAAUGACUAGAUAAGUAUGCACUCUAGGUGUUCUUUGAAUUGCCUCAGUGCAGACUUGAUGACCAUUUUCUGAACAUCUCUGCUCUGCUGCAUAUGUGAGUCAAAUUCAUGGCUCCAUGGGACAAUUGGAAAUUGCACAACGUUACUGCUAUCCUAUUCAUGUAUUUGUUGAACAAAAAUGACAUCCUUCGAAAAUUCAGGAAACACAAGUUGCCUGAUGGACACGGUUCAUUAAUAAGGCACACAAAUUCUAUACUACUUUAUGAGUACAAUAUGACGAACAAUACCACCUGAGAAAACUAACUGUUUCCUAAGCUAUAUAACCAUGCAAAAAUCACAGCACUCUCCUAAUUUCUUUCAGCUACUACGCUGACAAGCUGGCAUCUCCUGGUGACAUUUUGUUCCCUUCAUGUGGCUCUUCAGAUGAAGCUUUUCGAGAACAAAGAUUUAGACCCCAAGACAAUCAUUGGAUUUGGAAUACUAAAUGGCAUAUCUAUUGGGUUGCUUAAUCUGAGCCUUGGAUUCAACUCUAUUGGCUUUUAUCAGGUAACCAAGCUGGCAAUAAUUCCAUGCACUGUAUCUUUGGAGACUAUAUUGUUCAGGAAAACAUUCAGCCGGAGAAUCCAAAUGGCACUGGCAGUUCUUUUGUUUGGUGUAGGUGUUGCAACAGUGACAGACCUGCAACUGAAUAGACUGGGAUCGCUGCUGUCUCUAUUUGCUGUACUCACCACGUGCAUUUCACAAAUUAUGACAAACUUUAUCCAGAAGAAAUUCAAAGUCUCUUCAACUCAACUGCUCUACCAAUCUUGUCCAUACCAAGCGCUGACUCUUUUCAUCAUUGGUCCAUUUCUUGAUGGUUUUCUUACUAACCAGAAUGUAUUUGCCUUCAAGUACACGAGUGAAAUCCUUGUAUUCAUCGUUCUUUCCUGUCUAAUAUCUGUCUCGGUAAACUUCAGUACAUUUCUUGUGAUCGGGAAAACAUCUCCUGUAACAUACCAAGUAGUAGGCCACUUAAAAACCUGUAUCAUCCUCGGUUUUGGAUAUGUUUUAUUUAACGACCCAUUUAGUUGGAGGAACAUAUUAGGGAUUCUUCUUGCCUUGUUAGGAAUGAUCCUGUAUUCUUUCUUUUGCUUGAUGGAGAAUAAACAGAAGGCCCCGGAAUUGUCAGCUCCAUUUUUCCACACUAAGGUGAAAGGAGGUGAAGCAGGGACUCUUCUCCUAGUACAGAACGGGUCAGCUAAAGUUGCAGAUGGUGUUGUGACUGAGGGCCCAAUGUGGAGGUCAAACAGAGACUUGGACGCAUGAUCAUCCCGCUCCUGCAGAAGGGAUCAAGGGACUGACAUAUGGUCUGAAACCGGUGUAAUUUUCAUCGGCAUUUUGCUCCAGUUCACUCCAGCUAGCUAGUUCUGAAGGCUCCUUGCUCUGCGUCUUGUACAUACAUAUUCGGCACCUAUUUUUGCUACGACUGUACAUAACAUGUCCACGGCUGGAAUUAAACAAACAUUUGCAUUCAUACUAUUAUAUGAAGAUUUCAUGUCUGUUAUUUA